AUGGAUGGUUUGGUGGAUAACCUGAUGGAAACAGAACAUUGGAAGUGUUUGUCGGAAAUUAAAAUCAAUGGAGCGAUUAAAGCAAACUUGGAAGAGUUUUAUCAUUUUAAUGUGGUGGAUGUUCAAAUCAAGGAGUUGAAUCCAUGGGUCUUAUCAGAGUUUAUCAAGAAUCAUCAUAGCAAGAAUCUCUAUCAACCCAACAGCUUCACAAUCCGCUCUAAACACCUGAUCGAGUCCUCCUAUGCUGAACAAGUGUGGAUUAGCUUUGACCCGUUUGAACCAAUGGAAAGCUUCAAGAAUGUCGAAUCCUGGGGCGUCCGACUGAAGCUGUUUGAAAUACCACGAGAUUCAGUCAACACUAGAGUGGUUUUCAUACUCAACGGAAAGAUUCGUGGAUAUGCUUGGGAUAAGGAGACUGUACUAUCGUCGUUCAUGAUUUUUAUCAAACACCGGAAGGCUACUUUUUAG